ACCGGCUUUAUCUGCACAUUCCUUCGUUCACGCAAACCACCUAACCCUCGCGCACUCUCUCUCUCAGUUGCACACGUCUGCCGCCGCUCCCAGCUCCCAGCUCCGAUCACCGCACGUCCGCCGCCUAGUCCUACCGCCAUUUUCGUCUGCCACUCGCCAGGGUUGUCGCCGCCAGUAAGUCUCCCCGGAUUUCAUUCUCUAUCUCUAAGUUUUGUUCACUGCCAACACCUGAGCACUGCGGCCGCCCUACCUAACUGCCGCGCUGCAGUCACAACCGCCAUCCAGAUCUCUGCCACUGCCGUCUGCCAUCGCCGUUCGUUAAUUCUGAGUUUUUGGUGUACCCGGAGAGACCUAUGAGCAUUUCAGGUUCACACGAGGAGGAAGAUGAUCACGGUGAGGUCUUCCUUGAUGAAGCUGACAUAAUCCAUGAAGUUCCGGUUGAUGAGGAAGAUCUUCCUGAUGCUGUUGAUGAAGAAGGCUCUGAUGACGAAUAUUUUGAUGAGGCUGAUGAUUCAGUUCAUACUUUUACUGGCCAUACUGGUGAGGUUUACACGGUGGUUUGUAGUCCAAUAGAUGCCACAUUAGUUGCAACAGGUGGUGGAGAUGACAAAGGAUUUAUGUGGAAGAUUGGCCGAGGAGAUUUUGCACAGGAGCUUAGUGGUCACAAGGAUUCCGUGUCUAGCUUAGCAUUUAGCGCAGAUGGACAACUACUUGCAUCGGGGAGUUUUGAUGGAAUUAUCCAAAUUUGGGAUACUUCAUCUGGGAAUCUUAAAUGCACACUUGAAGGUCCUGGAGGGGGAAUUGAGUGGGUAAGGUGGCAUCCAAGAGGACAUUUGGUUUUGGCUGGUUCUGAAGAUUCCACCGCUUGGAUGUGGAAUGCUGAUAGAGGCGUUUAUCUUAAUAUAUUUUCUGGUCACGGUGCUACUGUUACAUGUGGUGAUUUUACUCCGGAUGGUAAAAUUAUAUGCACAGGUUCUGAUGAUGCGACAAUGAGGAUAUGGAAUCCAAGAAGUGGUGAGAAUAUUCAUGUCGUGAGGGGUCAUCCCUAUCAUACUGAAGGAUUGACUUCUCUAGCACUCACUUCUGAUUCAACCCUUGCUCUUACUGGUUCAAAAGAUGGUUCUGUUCAUAUUGUGAACAUAGCAACUGGAAAGGUGGUGAAUUCUCUGGUUUCCCAUUCAGAUUCAAUUGAAUGCAUCGGUCUGGCCCCAAGCUCCCCAUGGGCUGCAACUGGAGGAAUGGAUCAAAAGCUCAUUAUCUGGGAUCUUCGACAAUCAACGCCACGCAGUACAUGCGAGCAUGAGGAUGGAGUAACAUGUCUUACUUGGAUUGGCACAUCAAGAUACCUUGCUACUGGAUGUGUCGAUGGAAGAGUACGGAUUUGGGACAGCCUCUCUGGAGAAUGUGUAAAAACCUUCUCCGGGCACUCUGAUGCCAUCCAAUCUCUCGCGGUGUGUGCCAACCUUGAGUAUCUUGUUUCUGUUGCUCUUGACAAUACAGCUCGGAUUUUUGAGAUUGCAGAGUAUCAUUAAGUCGGAUAUUCAUAUUUGAAUGUCACAAGUUUUGGUUCCUAAUUGUACAAGUUUAUACUAUUCUAUGAGUUUGUCUAUACAAGCGAUUGUAUGCUUAUUUUCGUCA